GUCCGGCUCAGUCCGCUUCUCUUCGGCAAACUUUCUACUCGGACUGAUUAACUGUAAAUAAACUACAGCGGUAUUAUAGUGUUUAAUAGUAAUAAUCAGUAUUUAGAAGAAGAAGUUGUGGUUUGUUAUGGAAUUUGAUAAAAUGGACGAAAACGAGUGGAAAUAUCACGGAGAGGGGAACAAGAGCCUGGUUGUUUCUCACCUACAGCACUCCAGAGUCCUUCGGCUUUUGAAGUACCCCUCCGAGGAUGCAGAGGACACACAUCAGACAACAGAACAGGCUUUUCAACACAUGCUUAACAUCGUGGAAUAUAACAGAAACGUCAUGAAGCCGCUGCUGGGGGAGAAAUACGUUCACAGUGGGGAAGUUGUCAAACUCCCGCUGGACUUUGUCCGUCAGCUCUCCUUAAAGGUUCAACAAGAACGGCCAGAAUUACGCUGUGAUAAAGUCAUGGACACGUUCAGUGGAUGUGGCCUGUGCCUUCCCAACCUCACCCGCCUCUCACCGUGCCACUUUGGAGCUCUCAGACCUCCUCUCUGUGUCGAAAUUAAGCCAAAGUGCGGCUUUCUACCCUUUUCGAGACACGUUAGCAAAGAGAGCAAGAGGAAAGUUUGCAGAUUUUGUAUGCAUCAGCACUUUAAGCUAGCUAAUGGGAAGUGGAACAGACUAAGCAGGUACUGUCCGUUGGAUCUCUUCUCAGGGAGCAAACAGCGAAUGUAUCUUGCAAUCAAGCACCUUUUAGAAGAACCUCAAAACAACCUAAAAAUUUUCAAGGGCGGAGAGCUGAUGUACAGCUGCAAAGACGACGCCAAGCAGCAGCCGGACCUGAACGAGCUGGUCCAGCACCUCUGGCCGUACUUCCACCACAGCAACGGCCUGUACACGGCUCACCAGUCGGGCAGAGCCGUCCUGAGCGAGUUCAUUCAGGUGAUCUGCGGUGCCCUGCUGAGCACCGGAGACUCCGGCCGAUCAGGAGAACAGAAGAAGGUUCAGCUCACCGAGAGCAGAGCGCUGUGUGAAGCCAGUCCGGUCCACAGAGACCUGCUGCGCAACGGCACUCAUGGUCUGCCCAAAGACUGCGUCCUUGGUAAAAUCCUCCAAGUGCAGAUGCUGGACAACCUGGAUGUUGAAGGCAUCUACCCGCUGUACAAGAGAGUGGAGCAGUACCUGGAGGAGUUUCCUAAAGAGAGGAACAGACUGCAGAUCGACGGCCCUUACGACGAGUGUUUCCUGGAGAAGGUGAAAACGUGUCCUGUCGAAGACGACGGCUCUGUAGAGUACGCUGUUGGAAAGGUUCUCCAGUACAGAGUAGCGAUGACGGCCAAGGACUGCUCCAUCAUGAUCACGUUCGCUCCUCGUGAAGAAGAUAAAAAGCCGCCGCCAGAUUUGGAAAUCCAGCCCACGAAGUCCCGCUUCACCUACUCCGUCUCCAUCCUGGAUCUGGACCCCAAACCCUCCGACAGCAUCCCUCAUCAGUACAAACUGGACUCCAAGAUCGUCAACUACUACCUGAGGAGCAGAAACUCCGGUCAGGACCUGCCCCCGCCCGACCCGUGUACGGAGCGGCAGGACUGCACGCUGCUCUUUCACCCCGUCUGAACCCCGGCGGAGACCUCGUCACUACACCACGCUGCUGCUCCUCACGAGAACCUCCGAGGGUUUAGGGUUACGAUUGAUCCGUCCCCUCAUGAUUUAUUUACCCGUGUGCACAGCCGGGGGCGCGAGGGGUCGUAAUCGGCGCGGAAAACAUCGGUGGUCUCCCGGCUGAGCCGAUUUUCACACACGUGGGUUACGUACCCUGCAUACGAAGGUCGUCAUAUUUAUUUGCCAAAGGGGAAAUUAGUUUGAAAUAUUAAUAAAAAUAAUAAAUGAGUGAAUAUUGAGAGCUAGUUUGCUAAUAAAGGAAACACCACAGGGCUUUAUAAUCAAUCUAAAAUAAUACGAGCACAAUAAUCCCAUAAGUGAAAUGAUUUCCUGCUCAUGUUUGGCCAGCUGUCCACAUACUUUUGACCAUAUAAUGUUUAAUAUUAGCUAAUGGUAACUCAGGGUUUUACAAGUUUAUUUAAUUAUUAUUAUUAUUAUAAUUAUUAUUAGUAUAAUAUUAUAUAUACAUAUAAGUAGAGUAUAAUAUUAUAUAUUAUUAUUAGUAUAUAUUAUAAUUAGUAUAAUAAAGGGCGGUUGUAGCCUAGCGGUUAGGUUACUGGACUAGUAAUCGAAAGGUCACUGGUUCAAGCCCUACCACCACCAGGUUGCCACUGUUGGGCCCCUAAGCAAGGCUCUUAACCCUCAAUUGCUUAGACAGUAUACUGUCACAGUACUGUAAGUCGCUUUGGAUAAAAGUGUCCGCUAAAAUGCUGAAAAUGUCAAUGUAAAAUAAUUGAAUAAACUUGUACGCGAUCGCCCCCUUGUGGAGGCUGUAAACCACAGUGGGACCAGAUUGUACAGCGAGAGGGGGGAUUAAACCCCCCUGAGCUAACUGAUCCUUUAGGGUCCGAUGGGACACGCCCAGCAGGACUGCUUCACGGCGUUCCUAGUGCCAAGAGCGGCCUCUUCGAACCCUUUUCCGCCCCCCUAUAGAGCAGUUGCUGGACUGUUUACGAUAAGGACUUAGUAUCUCUUAGAGAAAAGCAGGGAAUUAAAAAAAAAAAAAAAUUGAUCCUUGGUUUAUUGCGACUACUACUCCAUAACACAUUUACAGGGUGAACAGAAUCGUAAGGAGGUAGAAUCUGACUUCAUUAAGUACGUACUGCAGCGGUCCGUUAUGCUAGACAUUUGAACCCGGGUUGGUGGCGAUUGGGCAAAGCCACGAGAUGGACUGGAACAACGUCCAGGGUGUUACUUGGUAUCGCUGCCAGUCUAGAUUAUUGCACUCAGUGUUUUCUCUGAUCCCACUGUGACCCUGACCAGGAUAAAUGAUUCGAUUAAACACCUUUUGAUGAAGCUUUAGCAUUUAGGUGUCGCCACAGUGACUGCCCUUCUUGAUGCCACCGACCCCCCCCCCCAACAAUGCCAAUCAUGUCUGUCUCGACACCCGACCGGCCGAUAGCACCGCCGAGAUUCGAACCCAGGACCUCGGUGGUGUGGUGGUGGGAUAGCAGGAUUAACUCCGUGUCGGUGUUACUCUGCUGCAGGAGAACUCAUUCGUGCCAAACCUUCACAUGAGCAGUUCAGCCAAAAAACUGAACGACCCGAACCAUACCCCCAAGUCUAUCAACGAAGAAUUGUUUAGUGUCUGAAGUUUACCGCUCCGGUUUUGUACUGAAGUUGAUUCCACGUGAUGCUCGCUGCACCUCCAAAUCACGCUAAUCACUUUGAAGGAAAAACUCCAGCUCUAAAUCCAGGCUGGUCUGCUGCUUCAGCUACGUAACGUUAAACGGCGUUUAAUACGAGCUGCGUUUAAUACGAGCUGCGUUUACGUCACCUCUAUAGCUUGGACCUUAGGAAGCAACUUCAGAUCUGUUUAAUCCAUCUAGUUUAUUUAAAAUUGAAGUCAAAUUUGGCCAAACUGUCUGAAUUGACGUUAGCCGAAGCUCAGAAACAGCGGACGUGCAGAAAGCUUGACGUGGAACAUCCUCACUAUAAGGAACAUCCUCAGAAGAAAUGCAGAUGAAGCACGGACUCAAACCCUCGACGUGGAUUUUUGCUGUCAAGUUUUGUAUUUAAAUUAUUUAUUUUUCUAGCGAUUUUAAUGCCGUUUGUUAACACGCACUGUGUGUGCACGCGUGUACGCGAUGAUGAAACGUGUACAGACCGCUGAUGCGUCGGUGCGUUUCCUAACAGCUGGUGGUUUUGUUGAUGCGGUGCAGUUUAUACUGAAUAAAAUCAUGAGAAAAUGAAAA